AUGUCAGGACUUGAAAUAGCAGCUGCUGCGAUACUAGGUAGUCAAUUAUUAGAAGCCAAAUACUUGAUCAAAGAUGACGUCAAAUUGGCAGGAAAAGUUGUUGCCAAUGCCUUACCUUUCUUGUGGAAAUCACUGAGAGGAAAAGCAUCAUACUGGUACUACUUUGAAGAUGCAGCAAAAAAAUAUAAAGAUAACAAAGCUUUGGCAUUUCCAAGACCAAAGAAAAACCCACCACCAGUCAAGACUGAUGCCGAUGGUUUCAAAAUUCUUGAUGACCAAUUCGAAAUUGAGGAGUAUACGUACAAAGAGUUGUACAACAUGGUUUUGAGACUUUCCUACAUAUUGAAAAAUGAAUAUGGUGUUACAUCCAGCCAAACUAUCGGGGUAGACUGCAUGAACAAGCCAUUAUUCAUUGUGUUGUGGUUAGCAUUGUGGAAUAUUGGUGCUUUGCCAGCAUUCUUGAAUUUCAAUACCAAAGAUAAACCAUUGGUUCAUUGUCUCAAGAUAGCGAACGUUUCUCAAGUGUUUAUUGACCCAGAUUGUGCUGGACCAAUUAGAGAAACAGAACAAACCAUCAACGACGAAUUGCCAAAUGUUAAAUUGCAUUACCUUGACGAAUUUGCUUUAUUCGACAGAAUUCAAUCGAAAUCGACUCCAAAGUAUAGAGCUAAGGAUGAAACCAGAAGACCAGAAGACAAAGAUUCCAGUGCUUGUGCGUUGAUUUACACCUCUGGUACAACAGGGUUGCCAAAAGCUGGUAUCAUGUCUUGGAGAAAAGCAUUUAUGGCCUCUGUUUUCUUUGGAUAUAUCAUGAAAGUCGAAGGAAACUCCAAUGUGUUGACAGCUAUGCCAUUGUAUCAUUCAACUGCUGCCAUGUUGGGUGUUUGUCCAACUUUGAUCAAUGGUGGAUGUGUUUCAAUAGCACAAAAGUUCUCAGCUACAUCUUUUUGGACUCAAGCUAAACUAGUUGGAGCUACUCACAUCCAAUAUGUUGGUGAAGUCUGUCGUUAUUUAUUGAAUUCUGCCCCUCAUCCAGACCAGCAAAGGCACAAUGUCACUAUUGCUUACGGUAAUGGGUUAAGACGUGAUAUUUGGACUGAGUUUAAAAAUAGAUUCCACAUCAAGGGGGUUGGUGAAUUCUAUGCCGCUACCGAAUCACCAGUUGCCACAACCAAUUUUCAGUAUGGUGAAUUUGGGAAAGGUGCGUGUAGGAAAUAUGGUUCAUUGAUUACUUUAUUGCUCAACACACAACAAAAAUUGGUCAAGAUGGACCCAGAAGAUGAAAAUGAAAUGUGGAAAAAUCCAAAGACUGGGUUCUACGAGGAAGCCAAUUAUAACGAACCCGGGGAGUUAUUAAUGAGAAUUCUCAACCCUCAAGAUGUGAGUAAAUCAUUUCAGGGUUAUUACGGAAACAAACAAGCCACCAGUAGCAAAAUAUUGUUUGAUGUUUUCAAAAAAGGUGAUGCCUGGUACAGAUCUGGUGAUUUAUUGAAGAUGGAUGAGGAUGGUUUGUUUUAUUUUGUUGACAGAUUGGGAGACACUUUCCGAUGGAAAUCGGAAAAUGUUUCCGCAAGUGAAGUUGAAAAUGAGUUGAUGGGAUCAAAUGCCAUUAAACAAUCCGUUGUCGUUGGUGUACAAGUUCCAAAUCACGAAGGUAGAGCUUGCUUUGCCGUUAUUGAACCAAAAGAUGAAUUGGAGCAUGUGGAUAUCUUGAAAAAGAUAUAUGAUCAUUCACAAAAAUCGUUGCCUAGUUAUGCACAACCUGCAUUCAUCAAGAUUGGCUCGAUUGAAGCUUCACACAAUCACAAAGUUCCAAAGAACCAAUUCAAGAAACAAAAAUUACCUAAAGGUGAGAGUGGUGAUGAACUCAUCUACUGGUUAAAUGGUGACAAGUACGCUGAAUUAACCGAGGCUGAUUGGACACAAAUUUGUGCAGGUAAAGCCAAAUUAUAA